AUGAUCAAAAAAUGGGAAGCGGGAAUCGCAGAAUUUUGGCACACAAAAUGCAGCGCCAAACUCCCCCAUUUACCAAUCACAGAUCACUGUCCGUACAUCCAUCGGGGGCGCUGCGCCUCUAACUACAAAUGCAAUGAAUACCCUCACUCCCUUUUCAACCCCACUACCCAACUGCUCGCGCCAUUUCUUCUUCCAAUUUAUGAUUUUUUGAGCUCAAACAUGGUUGUCAAGUCGCGGGUACUACGUUCUGCUGCCAAUGGAGAGCUGCAUUCUCCAGUAACUCCCGAGGAGAAGCCCAAACGCUCUAAAGUAGCUACGCAUGGGAAAAAGAAUGCUAAAGCUGCUGCCCCACCGGGGGGAGAUGCGGAGAUGCCAUCUCCUUCUCCCGCGAGGAGGACGAGUGCUAGAAUUCAGAUAAAGCAAGCUGCUGAAAAGGAACUUCUAGUGCGGCAAAGAGCAGAGCUCCUUGAUGAACCAGACAGUGGGAGCAAAAGGAAGAAGACGAAAAGCCAGGUAAAACGUAAGCGUAAUGCUUCGAGCGUCAAGGAUGAGGUGGGGGAAGGUAAGGGCGAGGUGGUGGAAGAUAAGGCCGUCGUUGUUCCGGUAUCCAAUGACGUCAUUAAAUCUAAAGACGGUGAUGCGAGUAAGCCGAUGGAAGUGUGUGCGCCAGAAAAGAGUAGAACUGGCGACGAUGUUGGUCCGGGUAAUAUGGUUGAGAAGAGUGACCAUGUCAAGGUGAAGGAGACUCUCAGGUUGUUCAACAAGUACUAUCUUCAUUUUGUACAGGAAGAGGAAAAGAGGUGCAAAAAAGCUGAAGUAGCUGAAAAAGCUUCCAAAAAGUCAAAAUCUAAGAAGGAGGCUCCUGUAGAAGACACAAAAAACAAAUCUAAGCGACCAGAUUUGAAGGCAAUUUCUAAGAUGUUGGAGGCAAAUGAAAUUUUGAACCAUGAGAAAAGAAUUGGCAACGUUCCAGGUAUCAAUAUUGGGCAUCGGUUCUAUUCAAGGGCUGAAAUGGUAGCUGUUGGGUUUCACAGCCAUUGGCUGAAUGGAAUUGAUUACAUGGGGCAGUCAUACAGCAAAAUGUAUAGUAAUUACUCCUUCCCACUUGCGGUGGCCAUAGUUUUAUCGGGCAUGUAUGAGGAUGAUUUGGAUAAUGCCGAGGAUGUCAUUUACACUGGUCAAGGAGGGCACAAUUUAACUGGCAAUAAACGUCAGAUCCAGGAUCAAAAAAUGGAACGUGGUAAUUUGGCUCUCAAGAAUUGUAUUGAGCAAGCUGUCCCAGUUAGAGUGGUCCGGGGGCAUGAAUCAGCUACUAGUUACUGUGGGAAACUUUACACAUAUGAUGGCUUGUAUAAGGUUAUACAGUAUUGGGCAGAGAAAGGUAUUUCUGGAUUUACUGUGUUUAAAUUUCGUCUUAGGCGGAUUGAAGGACAGGCGCUGUUGACUACAAACCAGGUUCAAUUUAUUUAUGGUCGGGUUCCCAAGUCAGUUUCAGAAAUACGUGGGUUGGUGUGCGAGGAUAUCACUGGUGGUCAGGAGGAUAUUCCUAUUCCAGCUACUAAUUUGGUUGACGAUCCACCUGUUGCACCCAUAGGUUUCACUUAUUGUAAAUCCAUUAAAGUUGCACAUGGUGUGAAACUUCCUCCAAAUGCUAAUGGAUGUGACUGUAAAGGAUCAUGUAUCGCUUCAAGGACAUGUUCGUGUGCUAAGCUUAAUGGAUCAGACUUCCCAUAUGUGCAGCGUGAUGGUGGAAGACUUAUAGAAGCCAAGGAUGUCGUUUAUGAAUGUGGUCCCAACUGUGGUUGUGGUCCUGGUUGUGUGAAUCGAACUUCUCAGAGGGGGAUCGGAUAUCGACUUGAGGUUUUCCGAACACCAAAGAAAGGGUGGGCUGUUAGGUCAUGGGAUUUUAUACCAUCUGGUGCACCUGUUUGUGAAUACACAGGAAUACUUGCAAGGACAGAGGAUCUUGAUCAUGUAUCUGAGAAUAAUUAUAUCUUCGACAUUGAUUGUUUGCAAACAAUCAGGGGCAUUGGUGGACGAGAGAGGCGCUCAAAGGAUGCAUCCUUGCUAGAAAACAAUUCUUUGGAUGGUAUAGAUGAUCGAAGAUCUGAAAGUGUGCCAGAGUUUUGCAUUGAUGCUUGUUCCACUGGAAAUAUUGCAAGGUUUAUCAAUCAUAGUUGCGAACCUAAUCUGUUUGUCCAAUGUGUAUUGAGCUCACACCGUGAUAUCAAACUUGCUCGAGUGGUACUAUUUGCUGCAGAAAACAUACCACCCCUCCAGGAACUGACAUACGACUAUGGCUAUGCACUUGAUAGCGUGUAUGGUCCAGAUGGGAAAAUAAAACAGAUGCCCUGCUUCUGUGGUGCAACUGAGUGUAGGAAACGCUUGUUUUAGUCUAGGGAAAGCCUUCAGAUUCUGGUACAUCAUCAUUACGGUGAACUGAGAUGUUCUAUUGCGAAAUUGCUUCUAUCUCACCACCUUGAAUACAGAGAAUGGGAAAAUGGCUUUCUUUAGUUUCUAGAAUCAUAGUCACUGGAAAGAAAAAGAAAGUACAAGACCAUAGAGAAGGAAUCGGAAUCCAAGGGGGCAGUCAAUGAACAAGCUACUUUGUUCAGUGAACGACAGCCACAAAAGGUAUAUGCCGCAGAAAGAUUUUUCGAUUAAAAAACAGCAUCACUUUUUCAAAGUUAAUGAUGAUAUGUAGUUUUAUUAACACUGACCAAUUGAAAUUUGGAAAAGAUGACUAGAACUAAAGUGAGUUAAACCCGGCGAACAAAUAAUAUAACCUUUAUGUAGUUCGAUAAACUGGAUUGAAAGUCGGACCCCUUGGUGGAAAAUUGGUUUGGUGGAACUAUUUGAAUUAGGGGUAACUAUAAUAGAAAGACUUAAUAAAUAUACUAAAAUCUAUAUACUCUUGCUCCAGUGAUAUAUUGU